AUGACUGUCCUUAUCAAGAGGAACACCACCAUCCCGACCAAGCAAACACAGACCUUUACCACCUACUCAGACAACCAACCUGGUGUGCUUACUCAGGUUUAUGAAGGCGAAAGAGCCAUGACCAAGGAUAAUAAUAUCCUGGGCAAGUUUGAGUUGACUGGUCUUCCACCUGCUCCCAGAGGUGUCCCUCAGAUUGAGGUAACCUUUGACAUUGAUGCCAAUGGCAUUCUUAAUGUGUCUGCAGUGGACAAAAGCACCGGAAAGGAGAACAAGAUCGCCAUUACCAAUGAUAAAGGGCGGUUGAGCAAGGAGGACAUUGAGCAAAUGGUGCAGGAGGCAGAGCAGUUUAAGGCUGAAGACGAGGCCCAGAGGGAGAAGGUCACAGCCAAAAACUCCCUUGAGUGUCUGGCCUUCAACAUGAAGAGCACCGUGGAGGAUGAGAAGCUCCAAGACAAGAUCAGCCCCGAGGACAAAAAGACCAUUGUAGACAAGUGCAAUGAAGUUAUUUCUUGGCUGGACAAGAACCAGACGGCAGAGAAGGAUGAGUAUGAUCACCAGCAGAAGGAACUAGAGAAGGUGUGCAACCCUAUCAUCACCCAGCUGUAUCAGGGGGGUAUGCCAGGAGGGAUGCCUGGAGGAAUGCCAGGAGGAUUCCCUGGUGGAGCUGGAGGUAGCUCCUCCUCUGGCCCAACUAUUGAGGAGGUCGACUGAACACUGUACUGAAUAGUAUUAUUAUAAUACUAGUUUCUUUAUCUCAGAUCCCAACACAGACUUAAAGCUGUUUACUAAGCCAGAUCAAAUAUUUGAUUACA